GUUACUAAAGAAUUUUAUUAGAUUUUAAUGUUUCUCGUGGUCUCCAAAAUUUCGUUUACAUUGAGUAAAGUCACUUUAAAACUUUUCAUUUCACAAGACCUGAAGUCAAAACCAACUUCACUAGGAAGAGGUUGCACCUCAAUCAUCUUUGGUUCUUCUCAUAUUCCCCAUGAUCCCUCUCUAUCCGCUAUUGGAGCAUUUAUGCCCUUGGAUAAAAAAAUUACUUCCAGCCUCUUUUCCAUGCCACUUGGUUGGCUUGUUCUCUCUUUCAAUAGCCAUUCAUUACCCCUUAACUCGUUAAUUUUGCUUAUCUUGGCCCCGAAGAAGCAACAAAUGGCGUUGCGACGUAUUGUUUUGAAAAUUUCAUCAUGGCUAUCCUCGACUGACCUAUCCUGCUUUUUCUAACCGACACCACCAGAUCUCAAGGGCGAGUCUUAUGUUACUUUCUCUUACUGCUUCACCCCUCUUUUCUGCUCCUCUUCUUUGCACAGUUCUUCCCGCCAAGAGCAGGCGCAUCAAUGUGUCCUCUAGAAAGCCGUAUAACCACAUUGUUUUCACCUGAAAAAUCAUAAAUCCCGCCACCCGUGCGGUGUUCAUCGCUUGAUCAAGUUACGCGGGCUAAUGUCUUGAUUUGUAGCCUCAUAAAAUUGUUUUAAUUGUUUCAAACCCUACAAUUGAUAUUUGGUGUACAAGUGUGUUGUUAGAAGAAGAGAAAAUAGAAACAAUCACGAGUCAUUGCGUCUCCAACUUGGAUAACGGUACAAAGUUUUAUGUUCUGAUAAAGAAUAGAACCUCUCACGUGGUCAGCGGACACCAUGAUCAGCUAGGGCAACUCUGGUCAUAUGGCCUAUUUUAUUUUGCCUAAAUUGCCGUCUUGUAGAUAAAUUUAGACAUGGCGGCGUCAUUUUCAUCUUGCUGUGGAUCAAUUUCGAAGGUGGUGACAUUGUUUGUGCCGGUGAAAAUAAACUUGCUUGAGAGACAGGUCGAGAAAAAGCUGCAGAAAGAUGAACUGGAACUCGUCACCAAACCACCGAAGACGCGGCCAUUUCCAGGCAGGCAGGACUCCUUGAGUCCUGAUUUUCAAAUGGAAGAACUUUUAAGGAAGAGUGAUAAUGGAAAGGAUGAAGUUUCUGAGAAAUAUCUAAGAAUAAAUGGACGAUACAUCACGGAUGGACAGGGCGUGGUACCAGGUGUUCUGCUUGUGACUCCCCAGACGGUCAUGUUUAACCCAAGCGUCUCUGACCAUUUGGUCAUUGACAGAGGGCGGGAUGCCUACACGGUAAAAUGUCCAAUGAAAGCAACGAGAAGCAUUGCAUAUUACAAUGAUAUAGCAGCCAUGGUUUUGGGAGACGUAUCCGCCGAAUUUAUACCAAAACUGGUGACGUCAGGACAUAAAACUUGGGCAGAAAGGGACAAUCUUUCAAUGAACACAAGCAAUUAUGUAUCACAAGAUACAAUUGGUAUGUUGUCUGAAUCCAAUUUUUCAGACAUGAGGGAAAGGUAUUCUUUGGAAUCGAUAGAUCGAACGAACUCUCGUUUCGACGAAACGAAGAAAGACCAGAUACCGUUGUCACAAACUUCUACAUUAUCUGAUAAUUUAUCUCAAGACGACACUUUUACUAGCUGUAAUUGUACGAAAAGUUCCAAAACUGGAUCAGAUUUGGACAAUCUAACUGUUGAAGGAAGAGUAAAAGGAAAUGAUAUUGUUAAUUCGAUUUAUACGGCUGAGACAUCUUCGUCUCGUGGUUCAUUUACAAAUCACGAUCGGAUGGACGGCGCCAUAAAAGAUUCAGAUAUAUUUACAAAACAAUCAAAUGAAAACACGCAGAAACACGCAGAAGGAGCGCGAGACAGCAUCGAUAUUAUGGACACAAAGUGCACUAGCACACCCCGCAAAAUCCAAGAAAACAGUAUUAAAAAUUCUAAAGUUGCAAUGCAUGACGACUCAGGACUAAUAUACACAAAAAUCCAGCCGAAAAACUCUAUGAAGAAACUAACUGGAAAUGCAAUAAAGUUAGAGGCAUCGGGGAAACUCGAAGAUUCGUAUGUUUACGGUGAUAAAGGCAAUGCUAAUUCUUUCAUUGAAGGGGAAUCUUUGUCUCAAAUUGACGCGAGUAGAGACAGUGGAAUAUCAGAGGGCACAAGUUUUACGUCCACGAGAUCAAGUUUAAAGCAUGGUCUUACUAAUGAUGUGGGAAAUAGGCCCAUGUCACCAAAAUCAUCAAGUUUGAGCGAUGAAGCGAGGCAGUGGCUUGGCAAACGAGGCAUUCGGUAUAGCGCUGAUAGUGACGAUGAGGGACAUUUUACUGAAACCAUGGACACAAGUCAAAUGGAAUUGUCAAAACCUCGCCCUGCUUCACUCACUGCAGAUGAGCUGGUCUAUCUCUGUCUCAGGAUUCACAAAGCACAUUGGUGCAGACCGUCAAACUUGGAGACGCACAUCAUGGGGAUUCCUCAGAACAGAGAUCAGCAGAGGAUGGAACACUGGUUUGCUGUUCCCCAGGAAAGGGUCAACCAGUUGCACACAUUUUUCACAACUUGGAAAGGAAUCGCAAAGCAUGGCCCAGAGAACCAAGGAGACGAUUUCAGUAGAACGUCAGAUGGCCUCAGCAUUAUUGAUGACACGUUCGCUCGUCCAUCGGCUGAAGAACUUCUGAUUGAAAGAUUCGAGCAAGCGAAAAAAUUUGCAGAACCGUACAAAGAAGGCUUCUUACGGGCGUCUCCUUUAUCAGGAUCUCGCAAAUCGACAUUAUCGAGCUUGAAUGAAGACGAUGUGCCGGAGUUAACAGACGAGUCAAACAUUCUGGAAAACGCGCAUAUCGAGGCGUUGUCACGUGAGUUGCCGUCAAGAACCAUUGGUCAUCGAUGGAACCUCGUUUACAGUACAGCUGUUCAUGGCAUCAGCCUGAAGACGCUAUACCGCAAUACACAAGAUAUAGAAACGCCCAUACUGUUAGUCAUCGUAGAUCAGGACGGAAAGACAUUUGGAGCUUUUAUGUCAGACCCUCCAAAAGUGAGCGAAGGCUUCUAUGGAACUGGUGAAUCGAUGUUGUUUACAUUUAAAGACAAUAAAAUUAAGGCCUAUCGUUGGACCGGAAUAAACAGCUUUUUCAUCAAAGGAGAUACCAAGUGUCUGUCUGUUGGGGGAGGAGAUGGAAUGUUUGGUCUGUGGCUGGAUGAAGACCUCAAUCAUGGCAGAAGCCAUGCUUGUAAGACUUUUGACAACGAGACACUGUCAUCCAAAGAGGACUUUAUAUGUCGGGGGCUGGAAGCGUGGUCAUUCGAAUAAAUAUUUGUGAAAUUUUGUAAAUAAAAUCCUAAUUUUUUAGUAUCACGCAGCAAACAAAAACAGGGACACUUUCACGCCUAAGGGCGUUAUCGGGAAUCAAUAACACUUACCGAUACACUUUUCUCUCGGGUACAGUUUUACCAGAACCUAGACCCAUAUUUUUAUGACCUUUGUAAAUCAAGUAGUUCCAGUGUUCUUGGGGAAAACCCGGUUUCUAAGCAUAGGGGAAUUACUGAACCCCUGUUCUACUGUACACCGGGUUUAUCCCGUAAUCAUCAGCCUGGAAACUUUGAUGAACCAUUCUCCUUGGUAAGAAAAAAAAGAGGUUUAGCUAGAAACCAUUUAUAGCUUGAGACCUUGAGAAAAUGAUCAUUUCUACUCAAUUUACAUCUUUUUUUGGAAAUUGUUCAAAUAAAAUUCCCAAGACCUGCUACUUUAAUAAUUUAAACAUUGAAAAACUUGUGUGGGCCUAGGCCUCUUUCUUACUUGAUUAAUAUAGUUGAUAUAGUUAAUUCACUAAAUACAUAUUUGAACGUCAAUUUUUAAUACAAACAGUGAAUUUUCAAUCGCGAAGCUCUUAAACCAGAGUGUUAUGUGUGGUUUUUAUGGUUUUACUUUUACAAACACGUUCAGUUAAAUUAUUGUCAUAAACACUUUGAGCAGCCCUUAUGUUAGUACAGCAUUAAAAUUGAAAAGGAGGUUUAUCCGGUGUAUUUGUCUGCUGGCUGCUGUGUACUUGGACACCCAAAUAUAUGAAAGCCAAAGAAAUAGCGAUGUGAAGCUGCCACUUAUGUUUUAAUUGUUUAGUUACAGCAUAGUCAUAAGAAAUAUUGUGUGUUUGGAGAACAUAGGUGCUAUUGUUUGCUUCUAGACUAAAGUUUUUCUAAUGACUAUGGUUGCAGCAAGAGGGUGUCGUGGCUUUGCCCAUUGUGAAUUUCAUUCCUUAUUCUUAUUGUGAAUUUUUUCUCAUUUGGCAUUAGGAUAUUGAAUGUCACUUAAGUCAAUUUUUCAACUUCUUCUGUCCCCCUCAGUCACACUAAUGUCACAACUCCUCCUCAAAACUUUCCACACCUUAUUUUGCUGUAUUCCUUUGAUCUUGGCCAAACUGGUUUCUAGUAAAAGCCAUUUCGCAUUUCAUAGUCAAAUAACGAUUGCAAAAUCACCCCGUCGUCCAUUUUGUCUUUGCACUUGAACUCUAAAUGCUUUUUUGAAGCUUCCCGGAUCAUCCCUGUUUGGACCGGAUCGCUACGGAUUCGGCUUUUUAAUGUUGGACAGAUAGCACCGCCCUUUUUGCGUCCAUAAAUGAACAGUGGUGUCUUUUUCAAUACCCGCUUCCUAUCGUCGUUGGAACAAAGAGCCCUUCAACCCUCUUCGUUAAAUACACGUUAUAUAACCAUGGCCAGGUCUAUGAAGUAUUUGAAUGUUAAAAUUUAAAAAAAUCAACCUAUCGAUUGUAUUUGAUCAUUAAUUUUCGUUGUUUUCUCUUUGUCCUGUUUUUUUUGUAAAUAUAUUAUAUUUUAACGAAGUGUCGUUUUGAUAGUUUUAUUUUAAAAAAAUAGACAGAGAAGAAAGAACAAAUCAUAGCUAUUCUA